AUGGAUGCUGUUAACAUAGCUAGUGCAAUAGAUCAUUUUAUUCAAAACGAAGGUCUCGAUGGAACGAAGCUUGUUGGACAAGGCUAUGAUGGUUGCGCAACUAUGGCAGGGAAAAUCAAUGGAGUGCAAAUAAUUUUACGAGAAAAAUAUCCACAUGCUCUAUUUUUUCACUGUGCAAGUCAUAAAUUAAACUUGGUGGUCAAUGAUUUAAAUUGUGUUCCAGAAAUACGUAACACAAUUUCAACGGUAAAGGAUAUCAUAAACUUUUUUCGCGAAGCUGUUUUACGUAGAAAAUGUAUCCCGAACAUACCAGCAUUCUGUGAGACACGAUGGUCUCAAAAAUAUAGAAGUAUUUCAAUUUUCAAAGAAAAUUUUGAGAUAAUUGUACAUGCUUUAGAUAAAUUGUCAAAAGAUGGGAACACUGCAACAAGAAAAGUUGCUUUUCAAUUGUAUGCUGUAGCAAAUAAAAUAGUCAUAGUGAAAGAUCACCGCGAACACGCUGACACAGAAAUUCAAGAAUUAUUAACUGCUGCAAACAUAGCAGCUGAGAAUAUAGGAGCAGAAAUUAAUCUUCCUAGGAUUGUUAAACAACAACAACAUCGUUCGAAUCCUCCAGCGUUAAAUUCGGCUGAAUUCUGGAAGAGAUCAUUACUAAUUCCAUACUUGGAUUCAUUAAUAUCCUCAUUGGAACGGAGAUUUUCUGAUGAAAACAUACCUGCUUUUUCACUUUUAUUAUUACACCCUUCAAAUAUGUUAGAUAUGAACACCAAAGAAUUUAAACUUAAAAUAAAUGAUUUUGCCAAUUAUUACCAAAUUAAAGACUUGGAAAGUGAAGCAGAAUUAUGGUACAACAUCUGGAAGGAGAAAAAACUGGCUAAAAGCAAACUAUCAGACAUGGAAAUAAGUGAAGUAGUAGAAGAAACAGAUAUUUUCUUUCCUAAAAUAAAACAAGCCUUGCAUAUUUCUUUAGCUCAGCUAUGUACAACUUGCACUAUUGAGAGGCCAUUCAGUACGUUAAGAAGGGUAAAGACUUGGUUGCGUUCAACGAUGACGGAAAACCGUCUGAAUGGUCUAUGCAUACUAAGUGUGCAUAGAAAGCUGCUAGAUGAAAAAAAGGAAGAGAUGCAACAGAAAAUUCUCAGCAGAUUUUGCGAAGACUCUAGACGAUUGUCAUUGUUAUAA